UGAGAAUCACUGAUAUACUGAAUAACCAGUAGUUGGUAGUAAAAGCACACCCUGCCUUAACAAAGAUUUUAGAAAUUGGGAUGUCUCAAACACUUGAAAAGAAAUGAAAUUAAACAGGUUAGAAGAGAAAAACUUUAGACAAAACUUGAGAGAACUCUUUGGUUCUUUAAAAGAAUAAGGGAGGGUUAAACUGAAUUUUAGGCUUGCAGUUGGCCAGAAAACAAAUUGCUGGAUUAGGAUGCUAAUAGCCCCAACUGAGAGUCCCCUCUUAAUUGAAAAUCCCUCUAGCACGUGUCCAGUUUCAAGAUAAAACAAUGACCUUGAAAUUACCCAUCCAUAUUAAGCAGCUGAGUAGCUAAGCAGAAACAUAUGGUUCCAAACUCAACUGAGACCGAUUACAUUUUUACUUAAAUUAUUGUACAAGCCAAUUUGGAAGUCCAAAUUUAAACAAGUAUACAUUUUGUCCUCUUUCAGUUUAGUCCUUCAUCUUUUUUAAUGAUAGGUAAGAGUUUUCCUUAGGUUUAAUGUAGAUUUCUCCCACUUUUGAUAGAGGUAUGCAAUUUCAGAUUCCAUUGGGUUAGAAUUCUGGGAGUUGAAGUCCAUACAGUUUAAAAUUGCCAAGGAUAAGAAAGACUACAGUAGCAUGACAAAAUAAAUAAGAGUUGAUCUUGACUCAAAAGAGGUGUUGCAACUUUUAAUAGCAUGUAAAUAAAUGUGAACUUUAUAUUAUGUUGCUACUGUAAGGUACCUUUAGAGCAGGGGUGUCGAACUCAAUGCCUGUAGGCCGGAUCUAGCCAUAGGGUGCUUAGAUCUGGCCUGUGGGGCCGCUCUGGAAACAUUGAAGGACUGGCCCGUGGUACCUCUGUCAGCGAAAAUGGAACUUGGAGCUGGCGCCUGCAGUCCUCCCAGGUUCCAUUUUAUGACGACCUCCUGCAGCCCUCUACCAGCAAAAAUGGAGCAUCCCUCCCACCCAAGCUCCGUUUUCACUGGCAGAGGGCUAGCAAAACAAACUAAAAGCAAAACAAAAAGAGAAAUGUUUCCCUUUUUGCAUUUGAGCAUCGAAGAAGAGACAGGAAAGGAGGAAUGGAAAGAAGAAAGACAAAGACAAAGAAGGGAAGAUAGGAAGAGAGCAAGGAAGGAAAAAGAAGGAAAGAGGGGAAGGAAGAAGAAAAGAGAAGGAAGGAAGGAAGGAAGGAAGGAAGGAAGGAAGGAAGGAAGGAAGGAAAGAAAGUCCUGUCUUAGCACUUGGCCACCAGCAGCCCUGCUGCCCUUUCACCAUCCCCUUGUCUCCUCCUCCUGACCUCUCCUGGUGGUCUCCCAUCCUAUCGCUGAGGAUGCUUUGGUUACAAAGCCAGGUCUACUUGUAUUGAGAGGGAGUGGGCUUCCCUCUGACCCACAUACUUUGCCCUCCCGCAAACACCAUGAGCAACUUGGCCAAGGAGAAUGAGAACAGCAGGAGCAGCAUCGAGGAGGAGGAUCCCUCUGCAGAAAUUUCCAUCUGUCCGAAACCGGUUUGGCCAAUCAGGGCUUCCCAUCGCUGAAGUAUUAAGGCGAGGUGGACUAAGAACUGGAAAACCACCAGCUACAACUUCUGUCACUCGUCUCCACAACUACAUGGACGCCCAAUACUAUGGGCAAAUCUGUCUUGGAACCCCCAAACAAUGCUUCAACGUCGUCUUUGAUACUGGCUCAUCCAACCUGUGGGUGCCUUCUUCCAAAUGUUGCCUGAUACAUUUGGCAUGCUGGGUACACAAACAUUACCGUUCCCUGUUUUCCUGCACCCACAAGGCCGAUAAAAGCAAAUUCGAAAUUCACUAUGGAAGCGGUAGCCUUAAAGGAUUCUUAAGCCGGGAUGUCCUCAGGAUUGGCAACGUCACCGUUAAGAAUCAGACCUUUGCGGAGGCUACCGAUUUGCCAGGCUUGGUUUUUGUGGCUGCCAAAUUUGACGGUAUCAUGGGAUUGGGUUAUCCUUCCAUCUCAGUAAACAACAUCACCCCACCCUUUGAUAACAUGAUGAAGGCAAAACUUCUGAAAAACAAUGUCUUCUCAUUCCAUCUUUGCAACACCAACAAGACCUCACAACAAGACAAUGGAGGUGAAGUUAUUUUCGGAGGCAUCAACCACAAUGCCUAUGUGGGAAAGCUUCACUACAUCCCAGUGUCACGCAAAGCCUACUGGCAGAUCAAGAUGGACAAGAUAACCAUAGAGAAACAACGCAAGGAGAAUAAUACAUGUUGGCCAUGGAACCUGUUUGAAACUACCAAUUCAUCCAUUCUCUGCAAGGACAGUUGCCAAGGCAUUGUGGACACCGGGACCUCUCUCAUUACGGGGCCAAGCGCGGACAUAAAGGCUCUGCAUGAAGCUAUUGGUGCUCAGCAUGCUUUUGGUGGACAGUACAUAAUAGAUUGCCAGAAAAUACCUGAGAUGCCCAGUAUCACUUUUCAUCUGGAUGGCAGACCCUACACCCUGACCCCCAAAGAAUAUACUCUUCAGGUGAGACAGGCACAGGUGACUGCUUGCAUCAGUGGAUUCAUGAUCCUCGACAUCCCAAAGCCCACAGGACCACUCUGGAUUCUGGGAGAUGUUUUCCUCCGACGAUACUACUCAGUCUUUGACCGAGAUCAUGACCGAGUUGGCUUAGCUGUUUCUAAACAAACUUCAUGUGGUUCUGAUGGAAAAGAUUAAACAUCACAGCUGCAGCAGAAAAUUCCACUGCCCUCAGAGUGGUCAGAAAGUAGUAGCUAUCAUUUGUUUCAUGGCCUUGAGAAGCUCUGCAAGGAUUUAUUUUCUUACCAGUAUAUGCAUGGUGUCUGCAUUCACCAUACUUCAUGGAAUAAUUCCAUUUUUAAAACACAAGAACAGGUUUCCAGACAUGAUGAUGAUGGUGAUGAACCAUUAUGUUUCCAAACUCCAACCUGGAAUUUCUCCUAAUAGUUCCUAAUAUAUUGCUGAGUCCAGAAAUUAGCUGCCACUGACUUCACUUGUCUUCUUCUCUUCCACUUUUUCUUCCUGACCCUCUGCUUUUUGUUUCAUGCAUAACCUGAUGCUACACGUGCCAAUUCAGAAGUAAUUCUGUAGAAUCUUACUCCAAAGUAAGAGAUAAUAGGAUUUCAUCCUAUGGAGUCUUUCUCCCUAUACUAAAUAUCAGAGAAUUCAGGCAUAACAAAGAAAGAAAAGGGGAGGGGGUUAGAAAAGAGGGAGAUAAGAAGCCAGAUUUCUGGAUAACAGCCCUAAUGUCAAAAAAGCCAGAUAACUCACAGCUGUGUAUGCUACAGAUAGUCCUCAACUUACAACCAUAAUUGAGCACAAAAGUUUGGUUGCUAAGAAAAACAUUUGUUAAGUGAAUCUGGCUUUCCCAUUGACCUUGCUUGUCAGGUCGCAAAAGAUGGUCACAUGAUCCCAACACACUGCAACCGUCAUAAAUAUGAACCAAUUGCCAAGCAUCCAAAUUUUGAUCAUGUGUCCAUGGAGAUGCUGCAAUGAUUGUAAGUGUGAAAAAAUGGUCAUUAGUCACUCUUCGAAGUUGUAACUUUGAAUAGUCAUUAAAAGUACUGUUGUAAGUCGAGGACUCACCUGUAUAAGUACUCUUGCCUUGGGCAGGGGUUUAAACUAGAAGAUCUCCAAGGUCCCUUCCAGCCUUAUAAUUUUAUGUAUUUGAAAUCCUCUGAGCUUACAAGUUUAGAGAUUUUGCAUAUGGGACGGGUGGUAUUUGUUUCAGUCCUAACCCUUUAAGAAAAAUCUCUGCAGCAGAGCAGGAAAAGUCCUUUUUCCCCUGAGAAAAGUCAGUAAUGAAAUAGAUUGUUCAUUAGGCAGCUGUGUUCAUUUAGCUGGGAGCAUAGCUCAGUGGAAGAGUUAUGACCUUGGUAUGCAAAAGCUUCCUGGUACAACCUCCUACAUAAUAUCUUCAGAGAGGGUUGGAAGAUUCAGGCCUGAACCUCAGAGAACUUCUCCCACUCUGCUGCUGAGCAGCAAACCCAACGUUUGAUGGCAGCUUCCUAACAUGUACAAAUAAUAUUGUCAUGUCAACUUUCUUUAGCUUCCUUUCUAGUUGGUCACCGGGAUGAUAGCUAGAAACAGCCAUCCAGAAUCGCUUUUGAUACUGAGAUGGGUGGCAUAUACAUUUAAUAAAUAAAAUAAUAUAAACAAUGCUGUGAGGCAGGCUGGAAGAAUAAUGAGAGAAGAUCAGCUGAAGUCAAAAUAAUAGCCUCGUAUGCUUAUGCCUAAUAUGUCUGAUGUUUUCUCAUUGUCUUAUAGUAAAUUUCAAUUUAAUCAGCCAUCAGUUGUUAUUCCAAUGGUUUGGGGCCCUGUUGGCCAAAUGAUUAAAAGACAAAGCUCAUUUGUUUCUGAGGAAAGCUGAAUUGCAUCUUCAUAACUUUACUUACAUUUAUUUAAGUUAAAGGACUUGACAUUCUUUAAAAAAAAAAUAACAAUAAAUCAAUAACCAACUGAGCAUUUCAAGGAAAAGGCCAGAUAUUUUCACAACAGGGUCAAUUCACUUUCCUCUUUCAUAGAUUUUUGACUAUUCUGACUGACAAUCAAAGGUUUUUCUUACUUGAUGCUUUUGUGUUCAAAUGGAUAGCUUUCAGUUGGUGACCUUCCAACAAUAGGGAGUGGAUUAGGUGGCCUUUGUGUCACAUCUUACAUUCUAUUUUAGGCAUGUUUUCUACUAUUACUAUACUAAUAAUAUACUGUUCUACAUUCUUCAUUAGUUUAUGCAAACAAAUGUGUAUCUAAUGCUUCAUUUUUUUCUGAUUCCAUUACUUGCAUCAAAAGAUAAGGAAUUAAAUAAGCAUCCCAAAAUCAUUUUCUCCUUCCUGUCCAAUAGAAAUCUAAUUCCAUGUCAAAUUUCUAAUCUUUCCUUGGGGAAUUACAUGUAUAGUUUGUUUUUGCACCCGUGAGAGACAGAAAUGUUUGCUUUAAAAUGAAAUACUAUGCAUUCAUAGGAAAUGGAAUUAUUCAUCCAACCCAGCUGCAUUUGAAUGGAGUCUAAGCAUAUCUUCUGUCCUAAUAUUCACUUGUAUGUCUUCUUGUCAUGUGAAAUAAAACAUUUAGUGCUUUUA